AUGUCGUUAUGGAGCACCAUCCGCAAGUUCGGGCUGGGCUACUGCGACCUGCCCACCAUGCUGUGGAACGUGAGUUUCAUGCUGCGAGCUCUCACUCUCAACAUCGACAGCAGAUAUAAGAAGCGCAUCCCAUUAAUCUUCUACAUCAUCUUCGCGCUGGUGGCGGCGAGCUACUUCUACAUCUACCUGAUCUCCGUAGCCUGGUUCGUGUUCUGGCACUCCCGGGAGACGGGCGACCUCGUAGCCGCCAUGGUGGUAGCCUCGCUAGGGAUCGCCAGCGAGAUUGGAACUGCAAAGCUGAUCUAUAUGUUUCUGUACAGAAAUAAGGUGAGGGAGCUUGUAGACAUGUACCUAGACUGUGAUGCUCUGGUGAAGCCCGGCAGUCGGUUCGCCAACAACCUGACGAAGACCCUGAGGAACGUGAAGAAGCGAGCCAUGAUCUUCUGGAUCGUGAUCAUGGGGAACGGGGUGGUCUACGUGUUGAAGCCGCUGCUGAUGUCUGGAAGACACUUUAUGGAAGAUCUGUUUACUCCUUAUGGAUUUGAUCCUUUCUACGAAUCACCAAACUACGAGAUCGUAUACCUCCUGAUGACUGGAGGGGUAUUCUUCACCUGCUACCUCUCGGCCAACAUCACCACCUUCCACAUCAUCAUCACCGGCUACACGGAGGGCCAGAUGCUGGCUCUGAGCAAGGAGAUGCUCAACCUUUGGAGCGACGCCCAGCGGUUUUACCUGGACCAUCGCACAUUUGAUAUGGGCACCACCAGACCUGUGGUUACCCUUGACAGUGAACAAAAAACAAAGAAGAAGAUCGUCAAUGAAUAUGUGAAAAAGCGGUUGCAUGAAAUGAUAAAAAUCCAUACGACUAAUAUAAACUUAUUGCACCAUGUCGAAAGAGUAUACCGAGGGGCGAUUGCCAUUGAAUUUGGGAUACUAAUAAUUGGUUUGAUCUUCGAACUCCUUGGUGGUCUUGAAAAUACGUACCUGCAGGUUCCUUAUGCAUUGAUGCAAGUUGCUAUGGACUGCUUGACUGGUCAGAGAGUGAUGGAUGCAAGCAAGGCGUUCGAGGAUGCCGUGUACGACUGCAAAUGGGAGAACUUCGAUGUAGCCAACAUGAAGACGAUCCUGCUGAUGCUGCAAAACUCGCAGAAGACCAUGAGGCUGUCUGCUGGGGGGGUCACCACGUUGAGCUUCAGUUCCCUGAUGAUGGUUUUUAGGUCCGUUUAUUCAGCCUAUACUACUUUGAGAACCACUAUGAACAAAUAA